ACGCCACUUAACGCAAAAUGGAAGCUGCAUUCUGAUUGGCUAUUACAGACUGUGUCUUUUAAUAAGUAAACGAAAGCGCACUGUUCUGUACUCACGUUUAGUCUUUUAAAAUGUGAAUUGUAACCUGUAAUCUGUGGGCAUAUUGGAAUGGGGGGAAAAAAAAAACCUGAAAUGCAACCAAAUGUUAGAGCGGAAUGCAAUUUAACCCUCUGUUACUGUCUCCAAAACUUGAGCCUCCUGUCCAUCUUGUUUUGAGGCACCGCUUGUACGGUAAACGCACCCGGUAGAUUCAAAGCUUUGUAAAGUCCAAUAUAUAUUGUUGUUCUUAAAUGGAUAGACAAGGCGAAAUAACAUUUUCGCGCGCGUUUUAAAGUUCCUUUGUCGGAUAUUUUUUUCUUCCGGAGUUGUUAGUGGCGGCGCAGGAGCGGUUGUGUUUUUGGAGAGGUUUGCGUAUGGCGAAUGUGCAUUCCGAAUAAAAGGUUAGCUGACAGAAAGGCUGAUAGUGGUGUAUUGUGGGAGACGUAUCAGCGAGCAGGGGCACACAAUAUGUGUUGGCUCGCAAAAAAGGAGGCAGGAGUCUUUAAAACCAUGUAAUGUAGUCAAGGGAAUGUAAACGAUCUCGCCGUUUUGGUACAAAGAAAGCCGAUCCGAAUAAGCAACAUAAUGUCCAGGCCUGGCGAAAGGUCCAGGGUAAACGAAGAGCACGGAAAAAAGCUGAGUUCAAGUUUGUUGAACGGAAUGGAGCACAGCAACCCGGUCGGCUGCUCUGGGGAGAAGCGAAGCCACCAUUGGAGAAGUUACAAGUUGGUUAUUGAUCCAGCGUUGAAAAAGGGACCGCAUAAGCUCUACCGCUACGAUGGGGUGCAGUUUAGCAUGCCCAAUCCAGGAAUGCCACCAGUUGAUUCUGUGCGGGAUCCCCGGAUUGGUCGGAUUUGGACCAAAUACAAGGAAACGGACCUCCCAGUCCCUAAAUUUAAGAUCGAUGACUGUUACGUUGGACCAGUACCCCCGAAGGAGGUUACUUUUGCGAAGUUAAACGAUAACAUCAGAGAAGGUUUUCUGUCGGACAUGUGCAAGAGAUUCGGAGAAAUCGAGCAAGUCGAAAUUUUGUACAAUCCAAGAAAUAAGAAGCACCUGGGGAUCGCGAAAGUGAUCUUUGUCUCAGUUAAAGGAGCGAAAGAUGCCGUGCAGAACCUCCACAAGACUUCAGUCAUGGGGAACAUCAUCCACGUGGAGCUGGAUACGAAAGGUGAAAAUCGCAUGCGGUACUUCGAGCUGCUGGUCAGCGGACUCUACACCCCCCGCACUCUCCCUGUGGGGAACGAGCCUGUCCAAGAGGACUCUCCCCCAGGCGUGAGUGACCCCCCACAGGCUAGCGACCCCGGGAAGCCUGCCCUGCAGCGGCCCACGGAGAGCAGCGCGGCGUCGGUGGGGAGCGCAGCCACCCCCACCAGCAGCAGCACCCCCUUCUCCGUGGACACGGCCUACUCCAGUCGGCAGGACACGCCAAACUCCUACAGCCAGUUCACGCCGCAGUCCCAGGGGACGCCUCACACCCCCCGUCUCAGCGGGACGCCCUUCUCCCAGGACUCCGGCUACUCCAGCAGGCAGACCCCUUCGUACCACUACGGGUCCGACAAGCCCAGGAGACACGAAACCAAAUUCCAGGACGCCUACAACCGCCGCCCCGAGCGCCACUACGUCCACAACACAACGGGAGUCUACCGGAGUUCAGAGCAGAAUGCUUCUUCAUCAUCUUCAUCAUCAUCUUCUUUCACCAGCAACUUCAAGCCCCAUCCGCCACCAGCGGAGCCCACAGCAGCUUACUCCCACCCCCCGGCUGCUAGUCACACGAGUAACUACAAGUCAGCCUUUUCUCCUUAUCAGACACCCCCGCUUCCUCCUGUGUACCCCCACGCUGUGGAUCAGCUAUUCCCACAGACUUCCAGUAGCAUAGGAGAGUACAGGAGGCCUGCACCCCCUCCUGCAGAGCCCUUUGCUCUUGGCAGCGGCAGCAGCAGCGUUGACUUUGUUCCUGUCAAGGAGAAGCCGAAUACGCCUCCCCUUCCUGACACCACGUUGGUGGGCGAGCAGCCCAGCUCGACCUCUGUAAAUCGGACCCCCGAGAGGUGCGAGACCCCCGGCACCCCCACUCUGGAGUCGCAGAUACAGCACAACAGCCUGGACUCGCGCAUCGAGAUGCUCCUGAAAGAGCAGAGGACCAAGCUGCCCUUCCUCAGCGAGCGCGAUUCGGACAACGAGAUCCGCAUGGAGGGCAGCCCCGUCUCGUCCUCUUCCUCUCAGCUUUCCCCCAUCCCCCCUUACAGCAACUCCCAGCCCAGCUACCAGGGCACCUCCCCCGUCUCGCGCCCCUCCACCGCGGGCCUGGAAGACAUCAGCCCCACCCCCCUGCCCGAUUCGGAUGAGGAGGAGCCCAUCCCCGGCACAGCCGCCCUCCUUCACAACUCCAGAGCCGUGUCGGAGGCCAGCGCCACCCCCAUCGACCAGCCGGGCACCUCAGAGCUGAAGGAGCCUGUAUCUGGAGACCAGACGCCCGCUUCUGAGAAGAUGGAGGAGGAUCACCACUCUUCCGGAGAAGACAUGGAGAUAUCGGAAGACGAGAUGCCCGGCACACCCAACUCGAGCGGAGACAAAUCCAUUGUUGUCAACUCUUCAGUCUCCAUCGCCAUCCCUCACCCAGGAUUCCCCCCUCUCCCCCCUCAGGGGGGAUUCCCGCUGCCUCCUCCCCCCCUGCCUCCCCCUCCGACCCACCCGGCCGUUACUGUGCCCCCGCCUCCCCUGCCCGCGCCCCCGGGGGCACCCCUCCACCCCAUGCUUCACCCCCUGCACCCCUUUGCACCCAGUAUGGUGCCCAUGAUGCAGAUGGACUUGGCGAAUUGCUUGGGGCACCCGUGGGGCGGCAUGUCGAUGUCCUUUCAGAUGCAGACCCAGAUGCUGAGCCGCAUGAUGCAGGGCCAGCGGGCGUACCCGUACCCUCCCUUCAUGGGCGGAGGGGGGAUGCAGUUCACCAACCUCCCCCCCUACCGGCCCUUCUCCAUGGGAGCAGCUGCAGCAGCGGGGGCGACCAACAUGGCCCACGGGCAGCCCUGGCCCCCCCUGCCUAAAUUCAACCCCUCGGUGCCCCCACCCGGGUACGAGCCCAAGAAGGAGGACCCCCACAAGGCUACGGUGGACGGGGUGCUGCUGGUCAUCGUCAAGGAGCUAAAGGCCAUCAUGAAGAGGGACCUGAACCGGAAGAUGGUGGAAGUGGUGGCGUUCAGGGCCUUUGACGAGUGGUGGGAGAAGAAAGAGCGUUCGGCCAAGGCCUCUCUGACCCCGGUGAAGUCGGGCGAAGUGAAGGAGGAGGACAAGGAGAAGAUGAAGCCCAGGGAGCCCGUCACAUCCAGCCUGCUGGAGAACUGGAACAAGGUGGAGGGGCUCGGGUACGAGGGCAUCGGGCUGGGCAUCGGCCUGCGUGGGGCCAUCCGCCUGCCGUCCUUCAAGGUGAAGAGAAAAGAGCCUCCAGACCCUGCCUCCACUGGAGAUCCCAAGCGAGUCCGCCCCUCCACUCCGGCAGACGAUGAGCUGGAAGAUGAAGAGUCGGAGCGGGACAGGGACGUGGCUGACCUGGCCUCGGACGUGUCCAAAAAGGACGUGGACGUGGUGGCAGUCAGGCGGCGGCACGGGAGACCGCUGGAGCUGGACAGCGAAGGGGAGGAGGAAGAGGAGACUUCCGGGAAAGAGGAGGAAUCGUCUUCGGAAAAGGAAGAGCAAGAUGACAAUGAGGCUUCCGAGAAGUUAUCAUCGGACAAGGAGGAGGAGGAGAGUGAUGAAGAUGACGAUGAAGACGAGGAGGAUGAAGAUGAUGACGUUGAAGUCAGAGAAACCGAACCUGACUCUGCGGAUGAAGAAGUAGAAAGCAUCUUCUCCUCUAAAGCUGGACUCGAGUCGUCAUCGGAAAGCGAAGAUUCCUCUGAGUAUGCAAGCAGCUCAGAGGAGGAAGAAGAGGAGGAGGACUACGAAGAAGAGGAAGAGGAGGAGGAGGAAGAAGAAGAGGAGAAAGUGCCCCUCAUUUUAGAGUCAGAGGAAGAAGCGGAGGUGGAGGAGCACGCUGACCUCAAGCCGGCCACUCCCACCGCUGCAGAGCCCCUCGCAGAGGAGGACAUUGAUGUGGAGGACAUGGGUGGAGAGGCCAGGCCAGAGGAGCCGGCAGCGCACCCCAUCAGGGAGGAAUCGAAGGGAGAAACCCGGGGAAAAGACAGAGUGGAGGAGGACGAGUUAAAGACAAGGCAACGGGUAGAAGAAUCCAUAGCGGACGAAACAGCAGCCAGUGAACCGGAGCCCGAUCAGAGGCCUCCAUCUCCCAAAGGACUACUGGAGGAGUCUGACCCCGACAUCGAGAUGGAGCCUGCAGUUUUGGAGGCUUUGAAGGCCGAGCCCCCUGAGGACCUUGGGAAUCUGAGACCCCCGACUCCCACGGGGUCCCUAGGCGACAGCGACCUGGACGUGCGGCUCAAGAGCAAGUUCUCCUCCCCCUCUGUCGAGGAGGAGGAUGGGCUCCCCAGGACCCCCGGCCGAGAGAUCUGCACGCAUUCCGACCCCGAGCUGCCUGUACCAAAGACUCUGCCUUCCUCCUUCGCUCCUGCCCUCCCUCCCACCCCGGGCAAAGAGAUCCCCUUCCUUUCUCCCGAGCUUGCUGCCAUCGGCAAGCUGUCGGUCGAGGAGGACCUUCCGAGGACGCCGGGCCGGGAGUUUGUGGGCAGAGUCGCCAUGGGUCUGGGAAAAUCCCAGAGCACGGAGACGAUCCCGGCCACACCUGGCAGCGACGCGCCUCUGACUGGGAACAGCCUGACUCUGAGCUCUCCCCACAUCCCCGGCAGUCCUUUCUCCUACCCCUCGCAGUCCCCGGGCGCCAGCAGUGGGAUCCCCCGAACUCCAGGGAGGGAUUUCACCUUCACCCCAACUUUCCCCGACCCUGCCACUGUAGCAGCCGCUGCAGCCUCUGGCCUCCCCAUUCACAGGAAAGCUUCCUUCGACAGCUUGGAGGACAGAACAUUGUUCAAGGAGCCAUCCACUGUGUCUCCACUGAUCAACCUCAACUGCACGGUCCCCCUGGUCCCAAUCGCCACCCACUUGCCAUCCGGCUUCCCCAAGGACUUUGGGCUGCCCCAAUCUGGCCCUCCUGCUUCGGAGCUAACGCCCACCUCAAUCAGUGUGCCAAACGAGGCAACCCCUCCUGUAGCAACCCCUCCCAAGAGAAAACCAGGGCGGCCAAAAACGAAAAAGGUUUCUUCCCCGCCGUUUCUGUCUCUGGAUACCACAAAGGCAGAAUACGCGGGAGGUGAGCUGAAGGUUAAGGACUCGUUUGUCGGGGAUCCGUCGACGAUCACCCUGGACUUCAGGGAAGAGCUGGGGAAGGCGGAUGUUCUGGAUAAGGUCCCGUUUCAGGAGCUGGAGAACAGGCUGGCGGAGGAGGAGCUGGAGGAGCUGGAAGAGGAGGAGCUGGUGCAGAAGCCCCGCAAGCAGCUGACCCGGCGGCACCGGAGGAAACAGGAGGAGCUGCUGCUGCUGGCUCUGCGCAGCCCGGACUUCUCCCCCCCCAGGCCCUCCUUCCGGCUGCGCUCCGACUUCGAGGAGAUGACCAUCCUGUAUGACAUCUGGAACGAUGGCAUCGAUGAGGAGGACGUGCGGCACCUGCACAUCACCUACGACAAGAUGCUGCAGCAGGACAACGGCAUGGACUGGCUCAACGACACCCUCUGGGUCCACCAUCCUCCUACCAGAAUUCCCAGUGUGAAGAAGAAGAAGCGGGAUGACGGGAUGCGGGACCACGUGACGGGGUGCGCCCGCAGCGAGGGCUACUACAAAAUCGACAAGAAGGAUAAAAUCAAAUACCUCAUCAGCAGCCGUCCCGUCACAGAGGAGACUCCUGAGGAUACGCAAGGGAUGAGUAUCCCAGCGCAGCCUCACGCCUCGACCCGGUCCGGCUCGGAGAGACGAUCAGAGCAGCGGCGCCUCCUGUCCUCCUUCACUGGCAGCUGUGACAGCGACCUGCUCAAGUUCAACCAGCUCAAGUUCCGUAAGAAGAAGAUCAGAUUCUGCAAAAGCCACAUCCACGACUGGGGUCUGUUUGCCAUGGAGCCCAUAGCAGCGGAUGAGAUGGUGAUUGAGUAUGUGGGCCAGAACAUCAGACAGGUGAUCGCAGACAUGCGAGAGAAGCGCUACGAGGACGAGGGCAUCGGGAGCAGCUACAUGUUCAGAGUGGAUCACGACACCAUCAUCGAUGCUACCAAGUGUGGCAACUUCGCCAGGUUCAUCAACCACAGCUGCAACCCCAACUGCUACGCCAAGGUCAUCACAGUGGAGUCCCAGAAGAAGAUUGUCAUUUACUCCCGGCAGCAGAUCAGCGUGAACGAGGAGAUCACGUACGAUUACAAGUUCCCCAUCGAAGACGUCAAGAUCCCGUGUCUGUGCGGAGCGGAGAACUGCAGGGGGACCCUGAACUAGAGAGGGGGGUUGCACUGUGCCAAAAAGAAACAGGAAUCCACUCUAGUAAAAUGGAGAUUACCCCCCCCGACGUAUGGCACUUCUCCUCGGGCUUGUAGACAGGCGGGUGCACACGCAGGGGAGUCCAGGACUCUCUCUGGCGUCGUUGUUGUUUACGAUUUCAGGUGCUCUUCCACAUGCCACUUUCCACCCCAGUCUAUCAGCAGAACAACACUAGUGUCCCUCCCCUCCUUCUCCCAGUCCCCAGGAAGCCUGCAGUCUCAGUCACGCAGGGACGCGGCACCUGUACUAAAUCAUCCAUCUAGGAGUGCUGCUACUUUUUCUUUUCAGAGUGUUUAUUGUACAAUGAGAAUAAUGUGAAACAGUAGUGGUGAGGUUGACUGAAUGAUUAGGUUUUCGUUUUGGUUGUUUGGCCUUGAAGUUUGCACAGAAUCUGAAGACGUCACUGUGGGUAGUUUUUUUGUUUUGUUUUUUGUUUUGUUUUGUUUGAUUGCGAAGGAGCUGGCUGGUAUUUCUGUUGCCUGUAGCAUUGAUGAGGGGCUGGGGGUGGAAGAGCCCAAAUCCUUCAUCUUCUUGUAGGGGGAAGGAUGACUCGUACACAGCUUAGUUUUCCAGAUUUUCAAAAAGGCCUUUUUUAUUCUUUUGGCACUUAUUAGCAGGCUUAUACUUUAUAAAUCCAGUCAUUUGAGCUGUGCAGUGCGUGUGUGUCAAAUAGAAAACAUAAGCAUGUCUCUUGAAAAUGAUCAUUGCGUUCUUCACCGUUAGAAAAAAACACUUUGUACACAGAAGCAUUAUUUAUUUAUUUCAUCCCACUCACUCCCCUUUUUAAAAUCACACGUGGCUCCCGUAGUUCAGAGAAGGUUGUGUAAGUUAAAAGCAUCUACUGCCAUCUACAGGUGACUUUGUAUUACUGCAGCACAGUUCCUGUAUUAUAAGUGAAACUAUGCAUGGUCCUCGUGCAGUGAAUCUCAUGCUCAUUAAAAAGACCUAAGGUGGUUGAAAGGACAAAGGUUUAAUAAACGCACAAGCAAGCAGCUUAGGUCAGGCUGAGAACUUGCACUUUUAACACAUUCAAAUAUAUAGAAUCUUACCUGACUUCACUUCCGGGGCCCUUUGACAAUUUCUCUUAACGUUUGUCUCCCACUUCUCCUCCUGUUGCGUUCUCAUUUAUUCACCGUGUCGUUUUACUGCAGAUGUGUUGUGCAGCAUCCUGGAAAUGUACAUUCAUAUUUUCAGAGAAUUGAAAAUCUGCUCAGGAUUCUCAAUAGGGAGUCAAUGGCUUCUAUGAAAACCAGCAGCGCCAAAAACGGCCUUUCAAACCUGAACAGAUCUCCAGCUCGGCUUCCUCUGGCUAAAAUGGAGGGUUUUUUUUUUUCAGUAGAGCAGUAAGCACAGAUAACAAUGAAUACAGCUGUUUGUGUAAAGCGACAGGUGUGUGGAAAACAUAGCUAUUGUUUUCUUUGUAUAUGUGCAAUAUUCACUAAGUUAAUAAUCACUACAGAUAAACUCAACAGUCACUAAACUAUCCUCUCUGAAAUUACUACAAUGUAUUAUUUAGGGUAACCAGGGGUCUCACUUGAUCUGCAGUGUGGGUUAGAAAACAAAAAAAAAAGUGCUCCUACGCUAAAGAAAAUACGGCUGCAGUCUUUGCUCAUUUAUUAAUGACAUGGUUAUUUCUGCCUUCGUUUUCUGUUUCUCCUGCAAAAUAAUCAAUUCUUAUUUUCGUGUGUAUAAUGCAUGAAUGAGUCCUUCCCAUGAUCCCCUGGUGGGCUAGUAAGGGUGCGAAUGCAUGCCUUAUACAUGUGAUCAAUGUGAUUUGGAAAGGAACAUGAAAUGAAUACGGGCAAUUCAAUCCACAUGAAUUAACAGGGCUGAAUUUAAAACGAAUGACUUCAGAACUCCAAGGAAGUGCAUGUAAGAUAUUCAGCCGGAAUUCAUUAUAAAUUUGCAGUCGUUAUUUUAAAGCAUUACCCUUGUAUCCUUUAUGGCAACUGCUGCUUUAGAGAGUAGCGCAGAACAGUAUCAGACUUCUGCCAUUCUCGAUAUUAUUUCAGUUACAGGCACAGAAAUACCUUCCAGCCGUGACCAGGCGAUGCUUCAGAUCCACAGUGGUAGCAUUCUUUGUAUAGUCCAGUGCUUUUGAUUUGUUUUCAAUUAUAGUAACAUUUCUUUCUCACCUUUUUUUAUACAAUGAGUUGUAACAUCUGUAUUUGUACAUAAGCUAGCUUAUUCUUUCUUUCUGUUUUGCGAAUGCACAAUGGGUUAGCAUGUAGCUUUGCUUGCAUGUCUCCUAGGACUCAAUCAGAAGCUGAAAACAGGUCAUUCAUCACGUCUUGACCUUCCGAGGACCCCCCUGCAUCUUCGACCGAUCCGCACAACUUGAGGGGAGGGGAGGGGGGGGGGGGGUUAGGAAGGCUUUUAAAAAUGUUAAUUCUGUACAGGGUGGGCUUUUAUUUUCUAUCUACCAGACGAAAGUUUUUGUUGUUUUUUUUUUUUUUUUUUUUAAGAUAAAAACAUUUGAUUUGAUCUUUUUUUUCAGGGAGCAGUUCCAACACAUACAUGUAGAAUAAAAAAGUGAUGAAAACUUUUUUUUUUUUUUUUUUUUUUUUAAACAAAGGUGCAUCUUGUAUAUAGACACACCCAGAUCUUGUCAAAAAAUUGUUUCUUGUAGAAACAUGCAUCUGCUUUUUCUUCUCCCCCCUCUUCAUUUCUUUGUGCUUCCGAAGAUUGUAAAUAAUCUAUUAAUGUGAAUAUUGUCAUUUUUUUCUGGGUUUGCUACGAAAUACAGCUUGACUCUCAAAACAGAGGCGUAUUUAAGAGGAGCUGGAUGCUUUGUUUUCAGCUUGUGUCAAGCUUACUAUAAAUUAUGUAACAAAAGAAGAAAACUAAAUAGAAUGGACCUCUGAAAUUUGCAGAGGAGCAUUAAGAGUUCUUGAACAGUGACACUAAGAGUGUCGGGGGGGCUCAUGGCAUAUUCUGUUUAUUAGAGGGUGAAUCUUGUGCAGAAUAAUCAAAAAGCAAUCUUAAAAAUGUAUUUUAAGCAAAGCUAAAACUGGAUUUUUGUUUUUCCCCCAAAAAGAAAAAUUUCUCCUUAAUUGCCACGGUAAGAUUUGUACAUGUUCUAAGAAACACUGUAAGGGACAUAUGAAGCCCCAUCAAUGGUGGUUUAAGACAGUUGCUUGCUUUUUCAUAAUGAUGUACAAUACAAAGCUGUCUUCUUAGGGACCUGUAAAAUUAAAAAAAUAUAUAACUUUGGGGUUAUUUCUUUAAAAGGGUCUCGGCGUCGGAACUGUUUGCAAUAAAAUAUUUUAUUGUUUAUCCCCCCCGGUCCCUCCCCACCCCCUUUCUUUGGGAAGACCCUGCUUUUUGAGAUGUAAUAUUUGUAUUUUUUUCUUUCUUUAAAGAAAUGAACGUGUUUUUUUUUUUUUUUUUGUGCAGAUAAAUCAUGUGCCGUGUAUCUUGUUUUGACGAAAAUGUUUUGUUGUGGGUGUGUCUUGCUGUAUAUAUUUGUUCAUAUUUUUGUUGAAUUCUUUACUAUGUACUAUUGUAUCAUAGUAACUUUUAUAAAGCAAUCCAUAAAUAUACUGACUUUUUCUUAA